AUGCAGAAUGAUUUUGAAGAGGGUGAGUUUUACUACCAUAGUAACCGCAAGGAGAAGCGGGCGCGGAACAAAGACGAUGAGGAGCCAAGGCUCAAAAAGCAUGUAGUUCAAAAGGUGAUUGAUAUGAGGGGUCCACAAAUUCGGAUACUGACCAACCUGGAGAACUUAAAUGCUGAAGAAAAAGCAAAGGAAAAUCAUAUUUUUAUGCCUCAACUUCAGCACAAUGCCUGCAUACAAAAAAUUGAGAAAGAAAAGGAGAAACACCAGAAAAAACAGCUUGAAAAAAUGGAAGCCAUUAUGAGUGAAUUGGACCGGAUAGAUGAAGAGAGUAAAGAGGGUACAUUGACUCUCGAUUCACUUGUGAACUCGUUUCUGAACUUGCAACAACGCUAUGCUGAUUAUUAUAAACUCUAUAACUUGUCAUCUAUAGCAUGCUCCCACUCUCUGCCUCUGUUUAAUAGAGUAUUUAAGGGAUGGGGCCCACUUCAAAAUCCAACACAUGGAUUAGAAAUUGUUUCCUCAUGGAAGAAUCUGUUGCAAGACAACUCUUUUGGUUUCUCUGAUAGUGAUGAUAUGACAUCUCCUUAUUCUCAGCUGUUUAUGAAAGCAGUAUUUCCUGCAGUAAGAAUAUCCAUGACCAACACUUGGCAGGCUAGGGAUCCAAAACCCAUGUUUCUAUUUUUUGAUUCCUGGGAGAAGCUGUUGCCUCCUGUAGCCCUUUACACCAUUCUGGAUAACAUUGUUUUGCCAACAUUAUCAGCUGCUGUGGAUUCGUGGGAUCCCCGUCGAGACACAAUUCCAAUCCAUUCUUGGAUUCAUCCUUGGUUCCCAAAGUUGCAGGCUGUCAUGCAUGAAUUCCAAGUAAAUCCAGCAAAUCAAAACCUGGAUCAGUUUUACUGGGUCCGGACAUGGGCUACUGCUAUUCCCAUUCAUCACAUGCUUCCACUUAUGGACAUCUUCUUCAACAAGUGGCAACAAGUUUUAUACCAUUGGUUGUGUUCGAGUUUCCAUUUUGAAGAAGUUACUAAAUGGUUUUUAGGUUGGAUGGAACUUUUGCCACCUCAACUUCUUACAAAUCAUCAUAUCCGGUAUAGGAUUAAUGUUGGUCUGGAUAUGAUGAACCAGGCUGCUAAAGGCAUGGACGUAGUCCAGCCGGGUUUAAGAGAGAAAAAGGCAGCAGCAGAAGCUCAACAACAUGCUUCUUCUGUGAACUUGAGUGGUGGGGUCGAAGGAGAUGGUGAAGAUAGUGAAUCAAAGCUGAGCUUGAAAGAAAUAAUAGAAGCUCAUGCGCAGCAGAAUGGUUUGGUAUUAAUGCCAAAGCCAGGCAGGAUACAUGAUGGUCAUCAAAUAUAUAGCUUUGGUAGCAUAAGCAUAAUUAUAGACUCUCUGGAUGACAAGGCAUUUGCACACACUCAGGAUAAAUGGUCUCCCGUGUCUCUUGAGCUGCUUUUAGAGUUACAAAUUCGAUAUAGUUUGAAGAGGCGACGAUAA